AUGUAUGACUACGUACGGCGGCAGCAGGAGGCGCAUUCACAGCUCUUCUCCUCAAAGACAUUCCGGUGGGUCGACAGCGGGCUGCAUGAGGCAAGCUGGGUCAAGGUCUACAACCGCCGCACAUCCGGCGAGCCGCUAGCCAACGCGCUGGCGGCAUCGCAGCACAUAUCGACGGCCAUGACGGGUCGACAGCUGCAGCACCCAGCAAGCACCCAGCAGCCACAGCGCAAGCUGUUCUCGCUGGGCGGCACCCGGCGACACAGCAACAGGGGCAGCGUACUCGCCGCACCCUCGUCACCGCCAGGGCGGCCGAGCCGGAGCACGAUCGGUUCGCCCGACGUGGUCCGGGAGGCCAAGCGGCGGCGGCGCGGCUACACGCAGUCGACAAUGGGGUCGCAGCAGGGCCUGGCGGCAGAACAGCCCCUGGAGGCUGCAGCGUCGAUCCCGCGGCAACGCGCACCGACGGGCUCCCAAAACAGCAUGCUGGGGCCUGGCAUUUUCAUCGAUGGCAGCAGCUCGCUGCACCACAGCAUGUACUCUUUGUCUUCCGCUUCCACUGCCAACCAUCCGCAACGCCGCACCAUCUGCUACCACGCCCGCUCGUUUCUCCUCAGAGUUCGCAGGAUGAGAGCCAACCGCCGCCAGCCGCCCUCGUUCACUGUCCUCGGCAGCCGCGCCAUCACUUCGGUCUCCCGGGCCAACGACGACGAGGCCCUGGGCAAAAUCAUCCAGCGGGAACACGCACGCCGCCGCCUCACCCCGCGGGAUCCGCUCAGCAUCCGCCACCGCACGCUGGUGCCUGGACGCCCCAGCGCCAGCACCCUGGCAAAGUCGCCGCUCUCCAGAGCCAUGAGUAUCACCGACGGCGAGCCCUCCGAGGAUGAGGGAGAGCGCCCACCGCCCGCCAACGCCCAGCGCAAAUCACUAGCCACAUCAGAUAUAUCGGACUCGUCGGAGGAGGACGUGAUAAUGUGUCUGGUGUGCGAGCGACACGAAGGCGCCGACUGGACCGUGCAUUGCGCUGCCACCCACACGCUGUGCUUCAGCUGCGUGCAAUCGCACGUCAAGCACGCUCUGCAGGCAGCUGCCACUGCGGUCACAUGUCCAGUCAGCCAAUGCACUGCUGCUAUCUCACAGCCCUCCCUGCGCAAGUGCUUGCCCCCGCAGAGAUUCGACCAGCUGCUAGCUGCCCAGCACAGACCGCCGCCACAGACCACUCAGACCGCCAGCACCACCGCGAAGGAAUCAGUCAGCUCGAUCAUCAGGCGGUCGUUGUCCCGCAGCCGCAAGCGCGCCAACAGCACAUCGCAGCAGCCACCACAGUCGAGCCGGCCAAACAGCCUGGACGGCGCCGAGCAAUUCGAUGUGCCGAUCAUCAGAGUAGAGACCCGCGCCAGCCAGGAUUCAAGUGCGAUUGCCACCCCAGCGCCCUCCACCGCCCGCCUAUCGACGCUUCACGAAGAGGACUCUGCUGCCUCGCGGCACUCGUUGGCAGACAGCACCGCCGGUAUUGACGAACUGCAGCAAAGCCUCGGGCACCUGUCGCUGGCCACAAAGAAUGACGACCAGGCGGCCGAUCCGCCACAGCCGCCACAGCCGCUGGUGAGCGAAUUCACUAGCAUCGAGCCUGUCGAGGGCACCAGCCUCAGCGACCUGACCCUGAGCCCCGACCCCGACUCGCGCCUGCGCAGAGUCCCCAAGGCACAGCACAAUAUGCGUGCCGAAAACACGCCCCCGCAGCCCCCACAGUCGCCAACCAGCGCCCUGUUUGACUACGCCGACAUGGAGCUCGACUCCUACAUGCGGCCGUCAGAUUCUGCUGCCGAAUCCAAUCCCCCACCCGCUGCCCCACGACCCCUCAGCUUCAUCCCUGCCAACCCCGCCGUGCCGCCGCCGGUUCCGCCUAGCCUGCCCUUCGAGUUCCGCGCAUCGGCCACCUGGAUCACCCCCGAGCAGCGCUACUCGGGCUUUGCCGAGAACCUGAUGCUUAAUGCCGCCCUGUUCGACACCAUCCGCCGUGAAUCCAACCCCAGCAGCGACUCGGAGGGCGAAUCCGCAACAAACCGCCCGUCCAAAUACCCCUCCCAGCCGCCCAGCGGCGAGCUGCCGCCAAGCAAGGACGACGAGGGCGUGUAUAUCCCCACCUGGCGCAGCAAGGAGCACCGCAGGCACUCUCCGAUGCCGCUGUGGGCCGACUCCGAUUACGGCUCGGACGCUGCCAUUCUGAGUGAGGCCGCCGAGCUCAACUUUGACUUGUACGAGUCGCUGCAUUCAUUGCGCUGA